GCAUACGUGCACUCAAAUCUCCCCAUUUGACCUAUUCUACAUAAUCUAGGCUAAUUUGUCAAUUCCAUUAUUGAUCGUCUCUGGCAUAGGCCUAUUUGUUUUUUCAUUUAGUGAUAGAUUGGCUAUUUAAUUCAAUUGCCUGAUAUCGGUGAGACUGUAUGCUACGAGCUGAAUGGGAGAUGAGAGGACGAGCGUCAGCUGUCAACCAGAUUCAGUCGGUGUUUUUUCUCUCUCGCCAUAAUCGUUUGUGCGUCGGUUUUCUUUUUAUCUGCGCCUGUCACACUGUAACGCACUCGAUGUUAAUUCGGGGGAAUAUGUGAACAUCAUGCUGGCGGUGUGGUGCUUGGUCUUUGCUGCAGUGGGCGAGAGGUUUGCCGUGUCAGUUGGCAGUUAUCAGGCCUCCCGCGUUACAGGCGGCGGAAGGUCGACUUUGGUGCGGGAUGCGAGUUUGUGGGAUUGGUUCUCGCCAGAGGAGCGGGGAGACAGCAGCGACAUUGCGGCCGAAGUCACCUACCCAAAGCGUCUGGUGCAACAGAUGGAGUCGAAGGAAGAAAUGUCCCAUGGCUAUUUGGAUACCCGCGUGAAGAAUACCACGGGAGGCACCUCGCCAGUCCAUUUGGCCCAGAGUUGUUUCCAGGUGGAAACCUUCGGACACACCUUCACUCUGGACCUGGAGUUAAACCACAACCUCCUGUCCUCAGACUAUGUGGAGCGGCACUUUCACCAAGACGGCAAACCCUCGCAGUCUAUGGGAGGGGAGCACUGCUACUACCAAGGGAGGUUGAGGGGCUUACCAGAGUCCUGGGCAGCUCUCUCCACCUGUAUUGGCUUAUGUGGUAUGUUUUCUGAUGGGAUGUUCUCUUAUGGGAUUGAGCCUCUUUUCGAUGGGACCAAUCAGACUGAGGGGGCCCACCUAGUACGUAGGAUGCCUGAUGUCAGACUAUCCCCAGACUGUCAAGACUGCACAGACAACAGUGAGGGGGAUAGAGCCAGAGGUAAUGGUGAUGAGCAGAUGAAGGAUCCCCGGGUCAGUGAGGUGCUGAGGCGCUCUAAGAGACAGCUGCCACGCAGGCCCACCGUGCAGUCAGAGACCAAAUACAUCGAGCUGAUGGUGGUCAACGACUAUGAAAUGUUUGUGCAGCUGCGACGCUCCACUACCCAGGCCAGGAACUUUGCCAAAGCAGUGGUCAAUAUGGCUGAUGCAAUUUAUAGGGAACAGCUGAACACACGCAUCGUGCUGGUUGCCAUGGAGACCUGGUCGUCGGCCAACAUGGUUCCCGUGGUGACGGACCCGUUGACUACGCUGCAGAACUUCAUGAAGUACAGGAAGGACAGUAUUAAGGAGCAAAGUGACGUCGUGCACCUCUUCUCGGGGCGUACGUUCCAGAGCAGUCGCAGUGGGACGGCCUACACCGGAGGGGUGUGCUCUCUCACCAGAGGAGGGGGCAUCAACGAGUAUGGGAAUGUGGGUCCUAUGGCCAUCACUUUGUGCCAGAGUCUGGGUCAGAACAUUGGGAUGAGGUGGAACAACAUACGCAGCUCUGCGGGAGACUGCAGAUGUCCUGAUUCUUGGCUUGGUUGUAUCAUGGAAGACACUGGAUAUUACCUGCCCAGAAAGUUCUCUCGCUGCAGUGUUGAUGAGUACAUCCAGUUCUUGCUCCAGGGGGGCGGGAGCUGCCUCUUCAACAAGCCCAACAAGCUGUUGGACCCUCCUGAAUGUGGGAACGGAUUCGUGGAGACAGGGGAGGAGUGUGACUGUGGGUCUCAGCUGGAGUGUGCCCGCAGUGGAGGGGCGUGCUGUAAGAAGUGUACCCUGACCCACGAUGCCAUGUGCAGUAGUGGACUGUGCUGCAGUGGGUGCAGGUAUGAGCUGAGAGGAGCGGUUUGCAGACAGGCUGUGAAUGACUGUGACAUCCCAGAGAGCUGCACAGGAGACUCCAGCCAGUGCCCUCAUAAUGUGCACAAGCUGGAUGGAUACAUGUGUGACACUAGUCAGGGUCGUUGUUAUAGUGGUCGGUGCAGGACUCUCGAUGGCCAGUGUAAGGGACUUUGGGGCUACAAUUCAGCAGACCGCUUCUGCUAUGAGAAGCUGAAUGCAGAGGGCACAGAGAAGGGCAACUGUGGGCGGAGUCCUGAGGGCCAGGGAUGGCUGCAGUGCAACAAGCCGGAUGUGCUUUGUGGUUUCCUGUUCUGUAUCAAUAUGACGGUGAAGCCAAAGUUUGGGGAUCUGGAGGGGGAAGUGACCAGCCUUACAAUAUACCACCAGAACAAGUACCUGGACUGCCGAGGGGGCCAUGUCCUGCUGGAGGAUGGGUCAGACCUGGGCUACGUGGAGGACGGUACGCCGUGCGGCCCCAACAUGAUGUGUCUGGAGCGCCGCUGUCUCCCCGUGGCAGCCUUCAACCUCAGCACCUGCUCCGGCUCCACGCUGGGACGCACCUGCUCUGACCACGGGACAUGCAGUAACGAGGUGAAGUGUAUCUGUGACAGGGACUACACCGGGAAGGACUGCAGUGUCUUUGACCCCAUCCCUGACCCCACGCCGCCUGCCAACACGGAGAAGAAAGGUCCCAGUGGCACCAAUAUCAUAAUAGGGUCCAUCGCAGGUGCUAUUCUUCUGGCAGCUAUAGUCCUAGGGGGGACAGGAUGGGGAUUUAAGAAUAUCCGAAGAGGAAGAUCUGGAGGAGGAUAAGAUGUCUGUCUGUCUGUCUUUGUCUGUCUGUUCCUGUCUUUCUCUCACUCUGUGAUGUUUCCAAGUCGGAGAAGAGGGAAAAAGAACAAGUCUUCCACUCCUGUCCCGAACCUCUCCAGACCUCUUCUGUUAACAUCUCCUCUCCUGUCCACUUCCUGUCUGUCCACCUGUCUAUCUCCGGCCCCUCCUGGAAAGUGUAGCACCUCCCACAUUGCAUACCAGCCAAUUAUAUUAUCCAAUCAGGAUAAAGUCUUUGCCACGGACAGAAUGAGAAGGUUGUUGUUGGUCCCUAGUGGGGCGUCAGGGUCUUCCUGCUUUCCAGCGACUAAGUAGUAUGCACUUCGGUGUCUGCGUACUGUAGUUCCCUUUCCUUCCGCUUACGUCAGUCCAAUGAAGAACAUGCCAACAGUGGACAAAUUCAGUAUGAGACAUGUCUUUCCAAUGCUUGUCUGGAAACACACUUCUGGCCACUGUUUGAGAAUGCUGGACUGGCCCAGACCUGCCAUCUGAAAAACGAUUUAAAUCAUAAGAUGUUGUCAAAGAAACACAUCAAAACAAACAUUGAUCAAAGACUCAAGUGGCCAUUGGAUCAGUUGAACUGCCCCUUUCAGAGAGUCCUUGUCUGGUGACUGAAUGACAACCCAGAUUCAGACAUUAUCUAGUUACAACAACACGGAUGUGAUCCAAGAAGAAUCAUGUAUUGGACUUGUUGUGUACAGGCCAUUUCCAAAGAAAGAAGAGCAACUUAUUGUGAGAAUGACUAUGAAACAAAAGCAGUAGACCGUUCAAAACAUCAUGGACUGAUGUAGGGUUUAUGUUGAUUGUUAAUUCUUUGUUCCUGUCUGUUGAGAUGUAGGAAGGGGGAGACCCUAUGGUUUUGGGAUCAUAUUUAAAAUGCAGCAGAGACCGUAACUCAGUGUUUUCAACCGUAGAUCUACCAACACAGCAUUCCACAUAGUGUUAGUUAACAGAGACUGUCUGUAUGUGUCUGUAUUCUAUUCGCCACCUUCUUAAGAGGCCCAAAGUGUGUAUGGUAAAGGAGGUUGAAACUCUGUGUGUGUGUGUGUGUGUGUGUGUGUGUGUGUGUGUGUGUGUGUGUGUGUGUGUGUGUGUGUGUGUGUGUGUGUGUGUGUGUGUGUGUGUGUGUGUGUGUGUGUGUGUGUGUGUGUGUGUGUGUGUGUGUGUGUGUGCGAGCGUGUGUGUGCGAGCGUGUGUGUGAGCGCGUGCGUGUGAGCGCGUGUGUGUGAGCGCGUGUGUGUGAGCAUGUGUGUGUGUAGGGUACCAAAAUUCCGGUAACUUUCCCAAUAUUUCCAAGUUUUCCUGAAAUCCUGGUUGGAAGAUUCCUGGAAUUGUGAAGGAAUAAGCAAGGAAAUAUGGAAUCCUCCAACCAGGAUUCCUGGAAAACCAGGGAAUGUUGAGAAAGUUACUCAAAUGAGUGUGUGUGUGCGUGCGUGUGCAUGUGUGUGCGUGUGAGAGAGAGAUUGAGUGAGGAAGAGAGCAGGUGAAUGAGAAAAGUACUUGUCGUGUUUGGGACAGUUAUGCCCUUGUUCACCGUGACACUCCUGCCAACAACACUGGUAGAUAGUUUAUAGAUUUUUACUUCUAGAAGAGGUUAUCUUUCUGUUGCCUGGCUUUGUGCUCGGGAGCCAAUGACAGCACACUAACAAACAAAUUGUUUGUAUUGAAUAUGUAACAACAAACUUAAACGAGCACUAGCCUACAGAAUGUGAGAACACAUAUGCACAUCUAUUUGUAUAUACAGUAUGUACAAGAAGAUAAUACUGAAUGUUGAAUACACUGUAGGAAAUUGUUUUAAAAUUCAAUGUUAAUAUUGAUUCAUUUGAUCUGUUUCAACUAAGUAUCUAUCUGUCUCCUGCCAUACAACUGUCCAUCUCCUUUAAGCCAUUCCUAGCUGUCCAUCUAUCUGUCUAGCAGGCACACUGCCUAGUAAACUAGCAAUCUGGCCAUCUAUCUAUCAUUGCAGCUGUCAAUCUAAAUGCCAUCUAAAUAUUGGACACUUGUUGAUAGGCUCUGAGCCUUACGCUGAUGAUGCUUUAACACAGUGAGUUUGAAAUGACCCCAGGACAGCUCGUCAGUGGAAAUGUGAUGAGAGGAGGUGCAUUACUAUUGACCAGGGCCCUUAGUGCUCUGCUGGUGAAAAGUAGUGCACUAGAUAGGUAAUUGGUUACCAUUUAGGACUCAACCUGGGGUCUGGUACACUAGAUGUAUGGAGAGGUCUGUUUGAUUCAGCACUAUGGCUGAUGCACUAUAGUUCUUCACCAUUUGUACAGAAUAUGUACCAUCUUUAGAUGGUGGCCAGUUUGCUUGCGUUUUGAAUUUAGGAAGCAGAGAAAAAGAAACUCGUUAUAUCCCAUAUUUUUAAACACUAUCUUUUUAUUAAGUAGACAAAUUGAAAUAAGCAAUGUAGAUGAAUUGAAAUGAAGGGGAAAUAAAAUCAAAAAGUAAAAAGUA